AUGGAUUUUUUGGGUAAGAUUGAGAUGAAGAACCCAGAAGUUACUCUCACAGUUUUUGAGGAGUAUGAGAGUGGCCAAGCACCUGAUGGUGAACUGCACAAGGAUGGGGAAUUCACCCAAGUCUACUUCGGCAGGUUGGUCGUACAUGGAACUGCAUGCUCACUGAUGGGAACCUUCGACAUUAAGAAAUGCCAGUACUUUGGAAACACCAGCAUGGAGGCAGAGAUUUCCCUCUUGAUGGCGAAUCAGACACUAGCAUCCCCUGGAAAAUUGAUCUAUGACCCAUUCAUUGGCACUGGUAGCAUGGCAUAUACUACAGCUUACUUCGGUGCUUUUGUCUAUGGUUCAGACAUCAACCGGAGACAGAUGCGUGGAAAGGGCAUGUAA